AUGGGAAUCAAACCCAUCCUCUCUCACACAAGCGAUGGCAAGAGGAUCAGAGGAGACAGGUCCAACACAGGAAACUUGAUGCCUUUCCUAGAUCACCUCCUCACCUACAAGACCACGGCCUACAACACUCGCCAUCAACAAGGGAGAAGACUAAGUGUUGGAGGAAUCAUCACUCCUAUCUUGUGUGCUGCUGGCGUGAACCCAACUGAUAAGAGAGCCACUGAACCAGGUGGAUGGACAUCAAAGUUUUGCAAGGUCAACCUCCUCAUAGACCACAAGGAAGUGAAUGGGAGGUACCAAUUCAAGUUCACACAUCCAUUGGCUGGUCCUUCCAAGUUCUCCUGCCCAACCCAGAGCUCACCACAGUCGCCAGGGGUGAGAACAUCGACUUCAGACCCCCUGUGUACACUUAGUUGGGCAUGA